AUGUCGAUCCAAGUACCACUCUUCUCAAAGUCGUUAUCCCAAAUCCAGCGACCAUUGCCUCCUUCAGAUCCACCAACCAGUCAAGACAUUGUACAUGCAAUUGUCCUCCUUGAGAAGGUGAAGGAGUUUUUUAGCCCCCCCUCAUUCAAGAGAAAACUGUGCAGGGACUACUGUGUGGCCACUGUUGACGACCUUGCGAAAGCGCAGCUGUAUCUACACAAGGUGUGCAGCGCAGCCACGGUUGGGACAGGUGGAAAUCAUGUCAUCUCGGAUCCCGUUGAAUCUAUCCAUAGAAAGCUGGACCAGAUGAAUGAAACACUGGUUCGGGUGAUGGAUAAUUCCAGGAUUCACCCUCUGGAGCAACGACUUGACUCUGAUUCCCAAGUAAGUGAGCGUCGACAGAGGUCCAGCUACCCCGAGCGGUCAUCGGUUGAAAGCACGCACUGGAAACAUCCUUUUAACGACUUACAGUUGUACCACCAGAUUCCGAUCUCGUGGGACUUUGGAGCUCAAGACCCGGAGCACUUUGAAUUGCCGCCUUUACGCACGAACAACGACUUCACGAACCUUACCGAUUAUCAAUUGGACGAUUAUCUUUAUUACUACAGAAUUGACAUCGAUGACCAAAGUACUAGGGAGACGAAAAUCCAUUGCCUCCGAUACUACAUUAUUAGUUAUUCGAAGUCUUGUCUUGCCGCGUCUGACCCAGCACUUGUUUCAUGAAAAAAGUUUUACCAUUCAAUAUACACCCAUGUAGCCGGUAGACUAGUAGUACAGCGUCUCCGACUACAUGACCUCAAGAUUGACAUCGAACCGAACAAAUUUUACUCGAGUGUUGAACAUUUCAACUUGCUUAGUACUCACUUCUAUGGACGGCAACGAAACAGGACUAUUUGGUAUGCCGUGGCUGAUGACUCCAGGCAGCACUGCAGCAGGAUCUUCAAUCGGUGACUCGGAAGAGACAGUUAAACUACCUUUGGAUGCGAUCCGACGCGCUGCGUACACCUCUGCAUAGAGAUCAACUUUGCUCU